UGCGGGCAGAGCUUCCGGCAGAGUACCCACCUGGCACAGCACCAGCAGGGCGCCCACGCCAGCCAGCGCCCCCACGCCUGCGCUCACUGCGGCAAGAGCUUUGGGCUGCGCUCCACGCUGGCACGGCACUUGCAGACACACAGUGUCGAACGCCCCCACGCCUGCCCUGACUGCCCCCGCCGCUUCCGCCAGCGAGCCCACCUGCUCCGGCACUGGUUAGCGCACACAGGUGAACGUCCCUUCCCCUGCCCGGUCUGCGGCAAAGCCUUUGCCCUGAGUGCCACGUUGCUGCGGCACCAGCUGGUGCACACGGGUGAGCGCCCCUACCGCUGUGGGGAGUGCGGGCGCAGCUAUACACAGAGCUCCUACCUGCACCAGCGCAGUGCCCAUGCUGGCCAGCGCCCCCACACCUGCCCUGACUGCGGCCGUGCCUUUGCUGACCGUGCCAACCUCCUGUGGCAUCAGCGGGGCCACACAAGCACCCAACCCCACACCUGUGCUGAGUGUGGGCGGUGCUUUGCCCAGCUGGCACACCUACGGGCGCACACACAGCAGGGAGCAGCCAUUCCGCUGCAGCCACUUGCCAGCCUGGUGGAGCACCACCGGCGGCACACGGGUGAGAAACCUCACGAGUGCUCCCACUGUGGGCGCCGCUUCCGCCACCGCUCUGCCCUGCUUUGCCACCAGCGCUCCCAUGCUGGGGAGCGCCCCUUCCGCUGCGGGCAGUGCGGUCAUGGCUACACCCGCAGCUCCAACCUCCUGCUGCACCA